AGUCUAACAUUGUGGUCCAUUGCCAUAACAUGGAAUCUGUUCAAUUACCUUUUGGAAUGAAGUCGAGCGAAAUACAUAAGCAGACCUAUUGGCCACUCCAAGUAUAAACUAACACCUUUAACAAAUUCUCCAUCUACAGGAACUAUGCAGAGGCUCCUGUCACUCAAACUCCCCCCACAAAUACAUAGAAAUCUCUCAAAUGGGGCCACAAAUCUCUCCAAGGCAAACCAUUGUUUUUCUGCCCCAUACGCCACUUCCUCACACUCAUGGAGGCAGCAAAAUGUGAAAUUUUCUCAUGGGGUUUUCUCAAACCCACUUUUCUCGAAGCAGUUGUUAGCAAAUACCCAUUUCAGAGGUGAUCCGAGCAAGGUUUUAGCUUACCGUACUGUUGGGCUUGUGAGGACUCAGUUAGGAAGAAGAAAUUUUCAUUCCAAUUCCUUAGUUGGUUCCAUUCGCCGCAGCUGGAGAUCAAGUUAUGGGAGGUUUUCUACUGAUGGCGUGGUGCUAUGCCUGAUCUUCACUAACGUAGCUGUGUUCUUGUUAUGGCGUGUUGCUGAUAGUAGAUUCAUGAUGAGGAACUUCAUGAUUUCAGUGGACAAUUUUACAAGUGGACGGGUUCAUACAUUGAUAACAUCAGCUUUCAGUCAUAUAAGUACUUGGCAUCUUGUCUCUAAUAUGAUUGGACUCUACUUCUUUGGAACAAGUAUAGGUAGAUAUUUUGGGCCUGAGUUUCUUCUGAAGCUGUAUCUAUCUGGAGCAGUUGCGGGCUCAGUUUUUUACUUGUUAUAUCAUGCCUUUAUAGUUCCAUCACUACAGACACAAAGAGGACAACUUCUGAGCAUGCAUCCAUCACAAACUCUUGGAUUGGGUGCAAGUGGGGCUGUAAAUGCUGUGAUGCUGCUUGAUAUAUUCCUGUUCCCUACAAAAAUGGUCUAUUUUAACUUGGUGAUUCCUGUCCCAGCAAUCUUACUGGGGAUCUUCAUGGUUGGAAAAGACGUCUUAAGAAUAUAUGAGGGUGACACUCUAGUAUCUGGAUCUGCUCAUUUGGGUGGGGCUGCCAUGGCCGCCAUAACAUGGGCUCGAGUAAGAAGGGGAAGAUUCUGAAGUCUCAUUUCCUUGAAACUGCGAUUCGGCUGAUAUAUAGCUAGGAUGUACCAAAUUGCAUUAUUGCUUUAUGUAUACAUAUAUCUAUAGCCCCAGCUCCUUCCCCCUCUUGAAUUUUUGCCUUCUUCUAGGGUGAAGUACGAAGAAAAUGCCCCUUCAAAUAACAGCAACAGUCAGAUUCUACAUCCAUGGACUAAAUUUGUAGUCUGAUACUAUGAUGCUUCUAACCAAAUCAGUGAUGAGGAUUCUCAUACUUGAGAGUUGGCAACCUAUAUUUUGAUGACUCGUAUAUGUCCCAGUUUAUGACUUGCUCUUUUUUAGGUUGGUCCCAAAAAUGACAUAUUUUAUAUUAAGUAACAAUUUAAC